AUGAUACAGCAGUGGUUAGCCUGCCCUCAGACAUGUCGGGAGGCCAUUAGAGCGACCUGCACAGCUCUCCAGAUCUGGUUGGCCCGGAACGCCCGCACCCUCGGCGAGCGCAGGGUGUCACCGAGGUUUGUAGCGGAGUUCGCGCGAGCACAGGCAUUGGAGAUCAGACCCUCUUCCGAUAGACCUUCGAUAGCUUGGGACACCUGGGGUUCCCUCUCUGCUUCGGCAGCGUCUCAGAUGGUGUAUUUCACCUGGGAGCUCCCACCCCCGAGUUUCCUCAAGGUCAACUUCGACGGAUCUGUACAGGAUGGAGGUGCGCAGGGUGGUGCGGGUUUUGUGAUACGAGGCCCGCACUCCAGAGUGGUGGCAGCAGGUGGCUGUCAGUUGUUCGGCAUUUCGGUCCCCGGGGCAGAGCUACGAGCUGCUUGGGCGGGUCUUCGAUAUGCGAGGCAGGUACUGGGGGCCGGCUCGGUUGUCUUGGAGGGCGAUUCGGCCACAGUUAUCGGGUGGAUCCAGCAGGGGUUGAGGGGGGUGGGCAUAGACCACCCCUUGACUCGGGACAUUAGGAUGAUGUGUGGGGCUGGGGUGGCCGUUGAGGCCAAACAUGUAUUCAGAGAAGCCAAUGGGGCGGCCGAUUGGGUGGCUGCCUUUGCGGCUUACCAUUCAGGGUACACCCUUUGGGUGGGGGAGGCGGAGUUGCCAUUGGCACUCCGUGAGCUAGUGUAUUUUGACCUUAUUGGGUGUAUUCAUACACGUUGUGUAUGA